AUGCCGGUCGCCUGGGUCACUUCACUUGUCACGCUAGUAGUUAUUACCUGUAAAGUUACAUCAGGUGAAAUUUACCUGGAGAAGUUGGACAGUCUUUACAUGCCUUACUCUUAUUCUCCCGUUGAACUGUACGCUCUAGACAAAGGGGCCGCGGAACAAAGUGCUUACGACGGUCAAAACAAGCUGAUUUAUACUGUGGGUGACAACCUUGUCCACGUGAUCAGCGCCAAUGACCCGAGCAAUCUACGAGUGUUGACGCAUUUCCCGGUAGGCCUUGGAGCGGAACUGACAGAUGUGGAAGUGUGUGGAGAGUUUAUUUUUACGGGAAUAGACAACACCACUGACAGGGAGAAUGGGAAGGUGAUGAUAUUCCGAUACGAUGCCAAGAACAACGCACUUGUGCUUCUGCACUCGGUUACAGUUGGUCCUCUUCCGGAUAUGAUCCUCCCCACUCGAGAUUGUGCCACAGUUUUUGUCGCUCUGGAAGCUGAGGCUUACGUUGUGAAUGACGUUAUCAUUGACCCGGAAGGAGGGUUCGGAAUUCUCCGCUGGGAUCCGUCUAACUCGACCGCUGACGUCACGUACCGAAACCUGAAUUUCACCCAAUUUAACGAAAGAACUGAAGAGCUGGUGCAGAAGGGAUUGAGGUUUGUCUACAGGGAGAACAACAACACGUUGUCACGUGACCUGGAGCCAGAGUAUAUAACCUUGAACGAUGAGGAAACGUUGGCUUACGUCUGUCUACAAGAGGCCAGUGCUAUAGCCGUAGUGAACGUCACAGAUCUGGACACAGCAGAGAUCAUCGACAUAUACCCACUUGGAUUUAAACUGUGGAUGAAUUAUACCUUGGAUGCCAGCGACGAAGACAACGGAAUCGAGAUGAAGCCUUGGACGGUGUCUGGUGUGUUUCAGCCAGACAGCAUACAUUAUUUCCACCAUGCAGGGGAAGGGUACAUCAUCACAGCUAACGAAGGAGACUCCAAGGAAUACUUUAGUUCGGCCAUGCAGCCUCUGUUCUCGGAGGAGAGACGUGGAGAGGACAUGCUCGCCGAAAAGCUGAUAAGUGACAAUGUAGAUAGUGUUACAAGAGGAUACUUGGGCGACAAUUCACAACUAGGUCGGUUAAAGUUUCAGCGCCCCUUAGGCCAACAGAACGUGACAGAUGUGUUGUAUUCGUAUGGCGGUAGAGGCUUCUCCUUAGUUCGUGCCAGUGACAUGCGCGUUGUCUAUGACAGUGGCGACUCAGUCGAACGCAGCAUCAAAGAGUCAUUCCCAGUCCUUUUUAACUGUGACGCCAAGACGGAUAAGACGCCGUGGGAGGGCACAGACAAGCGCUCAGACGAUAAGGGUCCAGAAAGCGAGUCUCUCUCCUACGGCAAAAUCUGGGGAAAGUCUGUGAUAUUUAUGGGAAACGAAAGGCCGGGCACAAUAAGUGUGUAUUCCAUAGAUGACGAUUCAAAUGAACCUCGCUUUGAGAGCGUCAACUUUGCUGGGGUUCUGCAAGAGGGGAGAACUUGGGGGGAAAUGUACAUCCGACGAACUUCCGGUGACCUAGACCCAGAAGACGUGCGGUUCAUACGCCAAGAACAGAGCGGGAACGGCGAACCGCUCCUAUUGGUCAGUGGAGCAGUGUCCGGAACUGUGUCUAUGUACGCUGUGCGCAUGAGAGACAACCCCACAACCUCAACAGUCUCCGCACCGGCAGGUAGUUCAGAUCCACAGACCGUCGUGUGCUCCUCGGGCGAACUGAAAUGCCGUAACGUUAACCGGUGUGUCUCGGAGACGUAUCAGUGCGACGGGGUGGACGACUGUGGGGAUAACACGGACGAGGCCGGAUGUCCUGUCGAGAGCACUAUGACUUUGGAGCUCCGGGGUCUGAUCAUCGCUUCGUUAUGCCUGACCGCAGUUUGUGUCCUGUUUGUCCUGGCCCUCUGCUGUCUGCUGCGAAAACGAUCCUCCACAAACGCCUUCGAGAUGAAAACCAAGCUUUAA